CCGAGGGCUGGCUGGCUGGCAACCCCAGUAGCCUGUCCCGUGAGCUGCCGCCAGCAUGGAUGACAUCUACAAAGCUGCGGUAGAGCAGUUGACAGAAGAGCAGAAGAAUGAGUUCAAGGCUGCCUUUGAUAUCUUUGUCCUGGGCGCGGAGGAUGGCUGCAUCAGCACCAAGGAGCUGGGCAAGGUGAUGAGGAUGCUGGGCCAGAACCCCACACCUGAGGAGCUGCAGGAGAUGAUUGACGAAGUAGAUGAGGAUGGCAGUGGCACAGUGGACUUCGAUGAGUUCCUUGUCAUGAUGGUUCGGUGCAUGAAGGAUGACAGCAAAGGGAAGUCUGAGGAGGAGCUGUCAGAUCUCUUCCGCAUGUUUGACAAAAAUGCUGAUGGCUACAUUGACUUAGAUGAGCUGAAGAUGAUGCUGCAGGCCACAGGUGAGACCAUUACGGAAGAUGACAUUGAAGAGCUCAUGAAGGAUGGUGACAAGAACAACGAUGGCCGUAUCGACUAUGAUGAGUUCCUGGAAUUCAUGAAGGGUGUGGAGUAGACACUGAUUUUGCACAGUUGCCUGCGUCUGUUCUCCCUCUCCAGCCAGACCCUGUGGUAGGAGUGCAGCUGGGUUCUCUAGACUCUGAAUUUUGUUGUGUCCUUGAACCUUGGCCCUUCCGGACUCUCUCCCCAUUCCUGUCCUGGGGAACGAAAAUAAAUCCUUGUUCCCCAGAG